UGUCUCUGUCUGUCUAGCGCUUGUGUCAGACAGAAGUCAAGUCUGAGCUUUCGUGUCGCUAAAUUAAUGAGUAGACAAAAUUAAAAAUGAGAUAUAUUCGUAUAUAAAUGAUAGAUUGGAAUACUUUCUAAACCAUAAGUGUAUCGGCUCUAUCCAUUUAAUUUGAUUUCAGUGUAUAAUUUUCAUUUAUAUAAAUUGUUUUACGUUUGAGUUUGAGCAAAGUUUAUAUCUAAAAUGAAUCACGAAGAGAAUAAAAUUAUGGCUCACCGGCAGCAUGUGAAAUAUUUCAUGAGAUUCCUGAACAUUUUACCUUCAUCGCUGUCGUCUCAUGACACUACCAGAGUAACAAUUGCAUAUUUCUCUGUGUCUGGGCUGGAUGUUCUUGGUGCAAUAUCAUCAGUUUCAUUGGAUUUAAGGUCGAGAAUAAUAGAAUGGAUUUAUAGACUUCAAGUACACCCAGAUAAAAAUAAUGGUGACAUGUCGAUGUGCGGUUUCCAAGGGUCUUCGACAAUAAAUAUAGAUUUGGAUCCCCCCAACAAUCAUUAUCGUUGCGGCCAUCUAGCAAUGACGUAUACCGGUCUUUGUAUCCUGCUUGCAAUGGGUGAUGACCUCUCUAGAGUCAAUAGGAAAGCUUUAGUUGCUGGUGUAAAAGCUCUACAAACGGAGGAAGGUAACUUCGCAGCCACGCUCUCGGGUUGUGAGUCAGACAUGCGGUUCGUGUAUUGCGCGGCGUGCGUCAGUUACAUACUCAACGAUUGGUCCGGAUUCAACAUUGAAAAGGCUACAGACUAUAUCAUUAAAUCUAUAGGAUACGACUAUGGCAUCGCUCAGUGUCCGGAGUUAGAAUCGCACGGCGGCACGACCUUCUGCGCCUUAGCCACACUGAGUCUCACAAACCAACUGCACAAGCUCUCGGAAGAACAGGUAGAAGGGCUGAAGCGGUGGCUCCUCUUCAGGCAAGUCGACGGCUUCCAAGGCAGGCCUAACAAACCAGUCGACACGUGCUACAGUUUCUGGGUAGGAGCGUCUUUGAAAAUACUAGACAUGCUACAAUAUUCUAAUUAUGGAGCUAACAGGAGGUACGUCUACGAGACACAAGAUACAGUAGUAGGUGGGUUCUCCAAGUGGCCAGACACAUGUACGGACCCCAUGCAUACAUAUCUAGGACUUGCCGGCCUUAGCCUUAUAGGCGAAAGCGGAUUGUUGGAAAUAGAACCGACUUUGAAUAUAACUAAAAGGGCGUUCGAACACCUAAAGUCUUUGCACGCGAAGUGGGACAAUGAAGAUCUCCGUGUUUUAUGAAUACCUCUCAUGGUCGUGAGAAAAUGUUGGUAAUUGUGAAUGACGUACUUUAUUAAUGUUUAAUCUACUUGGCGUGUGUUUGUGAGGUCGGAUUUUAAUGUGACACGGGCUCUACUGCACAAAUAAAGGACCAAGUUUUAUUAUUGUUAAUUAGAACGAACAAAUUUUUUAUAUGUAACGCGUACAGUUGCGCUUCUAAAUUCACAGUUACAACAGUUUCCUACCAACCUCGUUUGACCUAAGAUUUCUAUGAAUUUUUAAGUUACCUACCGAAAUUGUCGUAAUUUAUAUGCAUAAGUUUAUAAAAACGUUCUUUAUGCUAAAGUAUUAUUACUGUUGCAUAAUUCUUUUGUAUAAUAUUGAAUUUGUUAGUACUUAAAGUAAUGUUUAUGAAUAAAUAGGUGCUAAUACGAUAGGGUACCUAGGUUAGUACCUAACGGUGUCAUUGGACAACGACUUUAUGUUUAGCGUUUAUAGUACAAUAUGAGAAUUUCUCGCGACGUGCCAUGAGCAGUUGAGUAGUUAGGCAUUUAUCAAAUUAUUGCACAAAAUGUAAUAUUAAGCUGUUUAAUGUAGGGCGCAGACAUACAAGUUUUUACGAGAUUCAAAUAGACGUUAAAACGCAGUCAAUUUUAACACAUGGAAGUAUCAAGUCUGUGUAGUCCGUUCACAGUAGGUAGCGUGUUUAAAAAAAAGAUAUUCCUUUUGGUCACAGAUUAGUAAGAUUAAAGUUAUGGAAAAUAGUAGGUUUAUUAUUU